GAGAGUAUCCGUAAGAUACUCUAGGCGAACAGUACCAGUUUGCUCUUCGUGCACAGCACUUCGAAUAUUUGUGAAGACGGUAUUCAACGACUACUCACCGACCGACAACAACAAAUUGUCUUUUUUCGCGUUCGAAUAGAAAAAAGUGGCCAAGAAUUUGUUUACCAGUGUAGAGUGCAACAACAGUGGCGAAAAGAAAAGAAAAAGUGAAAACAACACAAAUACAACUGCAGAAACUAACGGUUAAAGCGCGCCGCAAAGUAUUCUCUUCAUCUACGCAUCCUUUGGAGUGGAUUAAGAAGAGCUUAAGUCAGCGGAAAAAAUAAGGAUUCACAAGGCCCAGCUAAUUGGCUCGCUGGAAAUCAUAGCCGGAGAAAUUCUCGAGGCCGUUAAAAACCCAUCCAAGCUGCUGCUGGCGUAGCCGGAACAUAGCCAAGAUGCCGGCGGAAAUUAAACCAUCCGCACCCGCUGAGCCGGAAACGCCGACCAAGAGCAAAGCCAAGACCAGCUCCUCAUCGUUCUCCAAGGCAGCCCUGGCCAGGGUAACCCUGCUGGAUGGCUCCAUUCUAGAUGUGACCAUUGAUCGCAAAGCCAAGGGCCGUGACCUGGUCAACUCCAUCUGUGCCGGCCUCAACAUCAUUGAGAAGGACUACUUUGGCUUGACCUAUGAGACUCCCACAGAUCCACGCACCUGGCUGGAUCUGGAGAAGCCAGUGGCCAAGUUCUUUCGUUCGGAUCCCUGGCCCUUGAACUUUGCCGUCAAGUUCUAUCCGCCGGAGCCUUCGCAGCUGCAGGAGGACAUCACGCGCUAUCACCUGUGCCUGCAGGUGCGCAAUGAUAUCCUCGAGGGUCGUCUGCCCUGCACCUUUGUCACCCACGCCUUGCUGGGCUCCUAUUUGGUGCAAUCCGAGAUGGGUGACUAUGAUGCCAAGGAUAUGCCCACGCGUGCCUACCUAAAGGACUUUAAGAUCGCCCCCAACCAGACGCCUGAGUUGGAGGAUAAGGUCAUGGAUCUGCACAAGACCCACAAGGGACAAUCACCAGCAGAGGCUGAGCUUCACUACCUGGAGAAUGCCAAGAAGCUGGCCAUGUAUGGCGUGGAUUUGCAUCCGGCCAAGGACUCUGAGGGUGUGGACAUCAUGCUGGGCGUGUGUGCCUCUGGAUUGUUGGUCUACAGGGAUAAACUCCGCAUCAACCGCUUUGCCUGGCCCAAGAUCCUGAAAAUCUCCUACAAGCGUCAUCAUUUUUAUAUCAAGAUCCGUCCCGGUGAAUUCGAGCAGUACGAGUCCACCAUUGGCUUCAAGCUGGCCAAUCAUAGGGCCGCCAAGAAGCUCUGGAAAUCCUGCGUGGAGCACCACACCUUCUUCCGCCUGAUGACCCCGGAACCGGACCACAAGUCCACUAUGUUCCCGCGCUUUGGCUCCAAGUAUCGCUACAAGGGACGCACUCAGUAUGAGAGCAGGGCCACGCCCGUGGAUCGUACGGCUCCUACCUUUGACAGGACUCUAUCAGGAGCUCGUCUGACCUCACGCAGCAUGGAUGCCUUGGCCAUGGCCGAGAAGGAGAAGGUGGCCCGCAAGAGCAGCACUUUGGACCAUCGGGGAGACCGCAAUGCCGAGGGAGCCGAUGCCCACAGCCGCAGUCCCAUUAAGAACAAGAAGGACAAGUUGAUGCGACAAUCGAGCACCGGCACGGCUUCGGCCUCCUCGCAAAGCUCCCUCGAGGGUGACUACGAGACCAACUUAGAGAUCGAGGCCAUCGAGGCUGAGCCCCCCGUUCAGGAUGAGGAGAAGGAGGCCAAGCUGCGCGAGAAGAAGCAGAAGGAGAAGGAGGAAAAGGAGCGCAAGGAGAAGGAGAAGCGAGACUUGGAGGAGCGCAAGAAGGCCGAGAAGGCUGAGAAGGCGGCCAAGGCAGCAGCAGCUGCUGCAGCCGCCGCCGCUGGUUCGGCUGUUAAUGGCAAUGACGAGCUGAACGAUUCCAACAAGUCGGACAAGUCCUCAGGCAGACGUGGCGUUGGCAUAUUCUCGUCGGGCCGCAAGAGCAAGAGCGGCUCUCCGUCCAAGGACAGCGGCAAGGAUAAGUCGGGCAAGGACAAGGACAAGGAAAUGGGUCGUCUUGGUUUGGUCGUUACUUCGGGUCUGGGCGCCGAUGGUCAGCAGGACAAGGAUCUUGAGGAGGCGGCCAAGAAUGCGGCCAAGAACCGUGGAUCCACCACUCCUGGCGGAGUGACCAGGCAGUACGAGUAUGCCGUGGAUGCCGAUGGCAAUGCCAGCCCCACCAGGAAGUCCUAUACACCAGGUGGCUUCCGUUACGACCAGGAUCCCAACUCUAGGAAGUCUGGUGGCGAUGGACAGGAGCAGCUUUCACCCACAUCGCAGCAGAAGAAGAUUGGGUUGGCCUUCAACUAUGCUCCGGGCAAUGAGAAUGCUUUGAAGGAGACCGCCGAGAAGCUGAAGGCUGGCCAGCUGUCGCCGCGCACUCAGGACAAGCUGAACCGUGGCCAGCUGUCGCCCAAGUCCAGGGCCAAGCUGCUGCAGGAUCCCCUGCUUUCGCCCACCACAAGAGCUAAGCUCCAGGGCAGCGCUGUGGAUGCUGCCGCUGUUCCGCUCAGCGACUCCCAGAAGCGCUCUUAUUCGCCCACGAAGGGUCCGCAGGGCUACUCCUCUGGUGCUCCGGGUAGCUACAAGCCCAUCUCAGAUCCCACAGCUGACUUUUUGGAGUCGCAGCGUUACAACAAGGAGCCUGGCUAUGUGGGCCCCUCGAAGGCAGGUGCUGCGGGAGAUGCUGCAGGAGCUGCUGCUGCGGGAGCUGCUGCUGCUGGAGCUGGUGCUAAGAAGCCUGGAUCUCCCAACAAAUCGGGAACUCCUGGAGCUGGUGCUGCCGCAGGAGCUGCAGCAGGAGCCGCCGCCGCCGCUGCUGCUGCUGCCGCCGCCAAGCCCAAGAAGAAGCGCGUCAAGAUCAUGGUCAUCACCUCCAAGUUUGAUCCCUCGACCAAGCGCAUUGAUGCUGAGAACGGAACCAUUGAGCACUCCACUGGCAUUCUAGACCCGGCCACCGGACGCAUCGACACCAAGUACGGUGUGAUUGAUCCCAAGAAGGGCACUUUGGAGGCUCUCAAUACCAAGACCGGCAAGAAGGAGCUGUUCCAGGGCGAUAUCGACAGCAAGACGGGCAAUCUCCAUUUGGUUUCGGGUGUGGCAGAUCCCAAGACGGGACGCCUGGAUGAAUCGCUUGGCCAGAUCGUUUGCAUCACCCCGCAGGACAAUCCGGUGGUGGAGCUAACAGUAAUCACCAGUCGCAUUGAUCCCGCUACCGGCAAGAUAGACACCGUUAAUGGGGACGUGGAGCGAUCGCUGGGCGUCCUCAACUUGGACACUGGCCUCCUGGACACCAAAUACGGAGAGAUUAAUACCCGCACCGGAGAACUGAAGGCCAUUGAUCCCAAGUCGGGCAAGAUUGUGGUCAGCAAGAAUGUGAAGGUGGACCCGGGCACUGGUCAGAUCACUAUUCUGGGCGUUAUUGAUCCCAAGACGCACAAGAUCGAUCCCAACCAGGGUCGACUGAUCGAGGUGGGCCAGCAGAUUGAUCCCAUUGUGGAGGUCACCUCGCUGGCGGGCAAGUUCGACUCCAAGAGGAACAUUAUCGAUGCCAAGACGGCUCAGGUGGAGACCUCCGGCGGUCAGUUUGAUCCCAAGGCUGGCAAGAUCGACACUAAGUAUGGACAGAUCGAUCUCGUCAAGCACACCAUUACCUUUAAUGACCCGAAGUCCGGCAAGACGGUGACCAGGGACAUCAAGAUUGAGCCCACCACGGGACAGAUUGUGCUGAAGAACCAGGUCAACCCGAAGAACAACAAGCCCGACAAGGACUAUGCCAGGAUUAUCUCCCUGAGAAUUGUGCAACAGCGCGUGGAUCCCGCCACCAAGGCGCCCAUCACCCAAGUCAGUGCCGCCAAGGACAAGGACAUUGUGGUGGACCCGAAAUCCAACCAGAUCUGGGUGCCCACCGGUGCCAGCGACCCCGCCACCAAGGAACAGCAGUACAUCUCCAGCAGCGUCGACCCCAAGACGGGCUAUGUCAUCACCAUCUAUGGCUACCUGGACCCCAAGACCAACGAGAUCAAGAAACAGACCAAGCUGGACCCCAACACGAUCAAGAUCGAGCCGACGUCGGGCAAGAUAUACACGGCCACCGGCGAGGUGGAUCCCUCCACCGGCGAGCCGCUGUACGCGGCCACCCAGGUGGAUCCCGAGUCCGGCGAGGUGUACACCAAGCUGGCCCGCGUCGAUCCCAAGACGGGCAAGAUCGUGAUCGUGCGCAUCCUGCUCAUCUCGAAGACGGACGAGCGCGGCCGCCCAGAGGAGAUCGAUCCCUCCACCUGCGAGAUCGAUCCCGUCUCCGGCCGUGUGCUUAAGUUCUUCAACAAAACGGUUUAUGUGUACAAUAUGAUUGAUCCUGUCACCGGUGAAAUUGUGCAGGUGGACCCCAAUGAUCCUCGCUUUGCCGGCGCCCGCACUACUGUCACCCACACGAUGACCCUGACCGGCGAGAUUGACCCUGUGACCGGACGCAUUAAGAGCGAGUAUGGAGACAUUGAUCCAAAUACGGGUGACAUUGAUCCUGCCACCGCUGUCACGGAUCCAGUGACCGGCAAGCUGAUCCUUAACUACGCCCAGAUCGAUCCCUCGCACUUUGGCAAGCAGGCUCAGGUGCAGACCACCACGGAGACGGUGCCCAUUACCAGACAGCAGUUCUUCGAUGGCGUCAAGCACAUAGGCAAGGGUGCUCUGCGUCGGGACUCGGAGGGCAGUUCCGAUGACGACAUGACCGGACAGUAUGGCAGCGAUCAGGUCAAGGACAUUGUGCUGAGCAGUUCCCAGGCUCAAGCGGCGGCCAGCGGCAAGCUGGGCAAGCCGGUGAGCACGCCGACGGUGGUGAAGACCACCACCAAGCAGGUGCUGACCAAGAACGACGAUGGCGUGACCCACAACGUGGAGGAGGAGGUGCGCAACCUGGGCACAGGCGAGGUCACCUACUCCACGCAGGAACACAAGGCUGAUGCAACACCCACCGACCUGAGUGGCGCCUAUGUCACGGCCACCGCUGUCACCACCCGCACUGCCACCACGCACGAGGAUCUGGGCAAGAAUGCCAAGACCGAGCAGCUGGAGGAGAAGACAGUGGCCACCACCCGCACCCAUGAUCCCACCAAGCAGCAGCAGCGCGUUGUCACCCAGGAGGUAAAGACGACGGCAACAGUGACCAGUGGCGAUCAGUAUCAGAGGCGGGACAGUGUCUCCUCGACCAGCUCCGGUGACUCGGGCACGCCCAUCGACGGACCCUACGAUGGUGCCAGCGUGGUGCGCACAGAUAACCAGAAAUCUCCGCUGUAUACGACCUCCGCCACGGGCUCUACACCAGGACCGCAUGUAGAGAGCACACGUGUGGUUUUGGGCGAGGAUACACCCGGUUAUUCCGGACAUGGCGAAAUCAUCUCCACCCAAACCGUGAGCAGCAAAACCCGCACUGUGGAAACCAUUACCUACAAAACCGAACGCGAUGGCAUUGUUGAGACCCGUGUGGAGCAGAAGAUAACUAUUCAGUCCGAUGGAGAUCCCAUUGAUCAUGACAAGGCCUUGGCCGAGGCAAUACAAGAAGCGACGGCCAUGAAUCCCGACAUGACUGUGGAGAAGAUCGAAAUUCAACAGCAAACGCAGUAGAUUUUAUAAAAAAAAAACUUAUUUCUAAAUAAAACAAAUAAUUUUGAGGAUUUUCUAAGUAAACCCGCACACACACACAAACAACACUCACCAUACACACACAUGACCACAAACACCACCAACCACGCAUAAUGCAGCACUGGCAGUACACCUUUUAUACAAGCUACAUAUAUGGCUAUAUCUUUAUAUAUACCAACGACCUCGAGCUGAAAGAACCCCCAAUAAGGAGAAGAACAACCUAAACAUGACAUAACAAUAAGAAUAGUAUCCCAAGUAUCCAAGUAUCCGAUGCAUCCACAUGUUUAUUAUUUUUAUUUUUAUUACAACUGUUGUUUAUAAUUACUUUUUAUUACGUCUAUUAUAUAUAUUGAAUGUGCAAGGCAACAACGUUGAAAUGAAAUGAAAUGAAAUGAGAACUCUAUAUAUUGUAAACCACAAUUGCAUUCAAGAAUAAAGAAUAAAACCUAAAUGUACACACAAAACAA